UUCCUGAGAAUGUUCAAAAGAUGUUUCGGGUAAUAACAUCACCAUGCAUGUAAAAAUCUGGUCUUUCGGAUUCAUGUUCUCGAAUAUUCUACUGUUUGUCUAUGGAAUCGGAUUUUUCAUAUUUGGAGCGUAUUUGAGACUACACUCCCCGAUAUAUACCGAUCUCUCGGGCGAAGAGAUGUCAACUGGGAUAUCGUUUCUCCUAAUGGUUAUGACCAUCACAUUUUGCACGGCGGCGCUCAUAGGUGUUAAAGCGUAUUUAGAAAAUAGCCCGGAUUCGUUUAAAAACUAUUACGUGGUGCUGACUACCAUAGUGUUUUCCCAGAUUCUCAUCAUUCUGUUUUUAUUGGCGUUCGCUAAUAAGAUUAAAAAUCUUAUUGGCCGAGACCUGGGGAUAAUAAUUAAGGAGAAAUACGGCAAAUUCAACGAAAAAAGCGUGGGAAACUCCAUCGAUUUUAUCCAGAAUAAAUACCAAUGCUGUGGAGCCACCGAUUACCAAGAUUACGCGGAUAGUUUUUUCCUAUGGACCUUGCCAGAAAGGGAGAGGUUGGACGGAAAAUUAUUACCCAGAAGUUGUUGUGUAAACCCCAAUGACGUUGAUUGCAAUAAAGUAACCUUCAUCAGGAAUCUCAAUAACAUUUAUUGGGAAGUCGGGUCGAAUUUCAUAUUUACUAAGGGAUGUUUGAAUCAAUUGCAAAAUACUUUCGUGGAUGAAAAUCUGCCUUAUUUGGUCGGAAACUUUAUAGCUAUAUUCAUAUUGCAGAUCCUAGCCAUUUAUUUUGCCUUUUCCAUGGAGUCAAAACUCUAUGACGAAAUGGGAUCAAAGAUAAUUCAAUCUCAGGAAAUGGCAGCAAUGGAUAAUCAGAUACAACCUCCUAGCACUACCGACAAAAAAACUAUUCUCACCCAAAUGACACCUUUUGACAUUAGAGUUUCUACCAUGGCUGCUGCGAAUAAAGCUUUGGCUGCUAAUAUUGGUAGUACUCCAUCUGCCCCUUCACAACCCAUGAUACUUAACGCAUCUAUGAUCAAGACAAGUAGCUCUUUGUUGCCUAAUCAAAAUAACACUUUACCUCAGCCCUCUGCUGCCCCCACAAUCUCUACACCAAUCACAUUCGAAAAUGUUCCUUUAACUAAAAUAAUCACUAUCAAUAAUGAGUCCAAACUAUCCCCACACAAACAAACCUUACCCGGCGUUAAAGAAACUCUCGGGUUGCCAACCAUAUCCGAAAACCUGUCUAGAGAAAGCGUCUAUAUAACCCCAUCGUUAGUCCAGAAACUGGAAGAAAAACCGGCUAAUAUUCAAAAUGAGGCCAGUAAUAAACUAGUUGAGUCAAAAGAUGAAAAACCAAAAUUAGCUAAAACGUUCUUCGAUAAAGAUGACGACCAUUUCUAUUUGAGAGACAUUUCAUAGUAAGAAGA